UUAUGUUUUUAUGUUUCGAAUAAAGAGGACACAAAGUUUUAAAUGCUGAUGAUGCGAAUUUUAUAGUUAAUAAUUUAAAGUUUAUUUUAAAAUAUAUGUGAGAACAGAAUUUGGUAAUUAUCUGCAUAAAUUCUGAAUAUUUGGAUCCUGUACCAUACUUCUAGACAGUAGACACGGUGUUUCUAUAUACAAUUACUCAUUACAGCAAUGGAGGAGAAUACUGAGAAACCCUUCGAAAGUUCCUUCACAAUUGCGGCUAAAGAAGGAAAUUUGAACGAUGUGAAAAAAUAUUUUAAAAGUCUAACUGCAGUAAACAAAAAAGAACAGUGCUAUUAUGCACUGUACUUUGCUGCAUUCAAUGGCCAUGAAAAUAUUAUAAAAUUUCUAAUUUCUAAAAAAGUCGAUGUUAAUUUCACGAUUAAGGAUUAUCUCACUCCACUUCACGCUGCAACAAGUUGUAAAUAUAGAGAUAAAAUUGUUCCUCUACUGAUAAAUGCCGGAGCCAACGUGAAUCCUAAACUGAAAAUUACUUCUGGGGAAGAAACUCUGGAAGAGAAGUAUUUUUGUUCACCGCUUCACAUUGCGGUGAAAAGCGCUAGUGAAAAAAUAGUUGGUGUAUUAUUGGAAAACAAAGCUAAUGUUAAUUUUAAUUUAAUUUCAAAUGAAAAAAUUAUAAGUCAAUUAAGAAAUGACAAAGAAAAAAAUGAGUUGGAAAAUAAAUUAAAAUUUGGCCUCUAUGAGUGGUACGAUCUCCAAAUUCAAUCGGGGUUUUCACCAUUACAUUACGCAAUUAGCGGCAGAAAUGAAAAUAUUGCGAAAAUUUUAAUUCGAGCCGGUGCUGAUUUAAAUAGUCGCUGUAGUGGUGAUUUAACACCUCUUUGUUUGUCCUGCGAUAUAAACAACGACAUUUCACUUCUUAAAAUUCUCCUUGAAGCUGGAAGUGACAUCAAUAUUGAAAUAAACAAUGGGAAAAAUAUUUUAGCCUACAUUUUAAAAUUAAAUAACAAGUAUUCAUUCGACGAGUACUACGACGACCACGAGAAUAGCUGGUUAACAAAAAAUCAACCAUUUUGCUAUUUAUUGAAAAUCGGCGCCAACCCAAAUGCCUGGUCAUCAAAAACUGGUGAAAAUCCCAUUCACUACGCGGCGAAAAAUGGAAUGGUGCACGCUUGCCACAUUCUCAUAAAAUACGGAGCAAAUCCGAAUUCAAUUGACAGAGAGGCGAAAACACCCCUCGAAUAUUCCACAAAUCAGUUGGAAAAUAUUUUGAAAAAUAUUCGAGAAAAUUUUUCGGAUCCAUUGCAUUCUGAAAAUUCAGAUUCCAGUGAUUUAUCAGACGUUAGUGAUGAUGAUUUAAGAGAAUUAAUCAUUCGACAAAGGCGGCGAAUCAACAAUGAAAAAUCGAGUGAAAAUCGAAAAAUUUAUAAUCUUUCGCAUCGUAAGUACGAAUAUCACGUGUGGGAGUAUAAAAGGGUGCAUCUGCAAAAAGUACAAUUUAAUGUAUUUAAAGACCCCGAACCCUUUAAAUUAAUCGCACAACUCCUACUUCGAGAAUUGGUGAGACUGGAAUCGAAGGGCAUCAGAGUCGUGAAGCAAAAUCAAAAUCUAAUUCAAUCCGAUUUCGUAAAACCUUAUUACGAAGAAUGCAGUGAAGAAUUGAAGAAAUUAAAGAAUCAUUUCAUCGUUGAAGACCUCAGUUACUAUCAAUUUUUAAUGGCAGAAAAAUCUUCUAUUAAAGAAUACAUGAAAAAUAAGAAAAUAAAAUCCUGUUUGGAAAAAAAGUAUUUAGAUAAAUACUUUCCUAAUUAUCAUAGAUUUUUAGUUAUUAACUCUCAAUUUGGAAAUGAGAGUUCAAAGUUCGAUGUUAAUGAAAAUAAGUGGAAGGAAAUGGAAAAAUUGGGAAAGUGUUCAGUUCAAAUAAAAGGUGCUUUAAUGAAACCAUGGAACUAUACUGAUGGUUCAUCGAGUGAUUCUGACAUGUUAAAUUUCCAGUGGUGACGAUUUAAAACUUUGUUUUUCUAUA